CUAGGGUGUAUGUUUUGGAAUAUGUGGGACGGGUGAAUGACCGUAUUAGCAAAUUAAUAUCUGUAAUUAACUUAAGUGUGGCAAUGACAGGUGGACUUGCACUGCGAAAUUCUCGGCCCAAAAACGUAUUGUUUGUGCUUGCAGGGGUGGCAUUUUUUUUUAUUAUAUAUCUCUUUACUACUACACGUUCAGAACUGAAAAAUGUACAGAGCUCCUGGGAAAAAUGUACACAGCAGCGAGAUUCUCUUUCUGCACAACUUCAAGUGGUGUAUGAACACAAGAAUCGACUGGAGACAACCCUUCAACAGGAGAAGAAGACAAAAGAAGAUUCCAGAAAAAAACUCUCUGUACUGGAAAGUCAACUGUCUACAGAAAAGGACACUUUUCAGAAACUUCAAAAGGAACUAGGUCAGCUCAGGCAAGAUGUGGCUCUCCUGAAGGAGGAAAAACAACAACUGGAAUUAGAAAUGACCAGCCAGCUUCAACAAGUGCAACAGCAGAAGGAACUUGAAUCCAACAAACUCCAUGUGCAGCUUCAAGAAGUAUUGAAAGAAAAGGAAGGGCUUAAAAACCAAAACCUGAAACAGGAAUGGGAUAUAAAGCAGAAAUCUGAUGAAUUGAACUUCUUACAAGCCCAGUAUAAGCAGCUGCAGUCUCAACUUCACCAAUCCAUUGCAAGUUCCAUCAAGGGAAGAAAUAACCAGUCCAACACUAAUUUCAACCAAAUACCCAAUAGUUUUACUGCACAAAAAAUAAACCAGUACUUGGUAAAACCAGGAGAGACUGACUUCCAUGGAAGUGUCCUUCAUCAACCGGCUGUUCGUGAGGAAAACAUCAGGAAACAGUUUGGAAAUGUACCUCAGUUUUACUCUCCUAAAAUGUUGCAGAAACCAAAAGUUGACCUAGCUAAUAGUGAAGGAAUGUACUUUAACCAUAGAAAAAUGGCAAAUAAUUUUGUCAGUAGAAGUGGGAUAAUUGAAACCAAGAAGAAUGUUAAUCAUUUAGGUCUUCCAAAGUUUCCUGUUGGUGAACCAAUGAAAAAACUCAAUAAUGAUUUGAAACCUGUUAAUGUUCACAGGAAAGCCUUACCUGGAGAAAAUGCUAAAUUAGUAAACAAUCAGAGACAGUGGGACAGUGAACAUGGUGAUUAUGUUUUAGCUAAUAGGAUUGCAGCUUCAAGAAGACGACUUCAUACAGGCAGUCAUGUUAAGGAGAAAAGAAAAGUAAAAAAACAAUAUAUUGAUUAUGAUUUUAAAGACCCUGAAGAUGACAGUGUUGGUUUGGAUGUAGAUGGAGACAUGUUGCUUGCAGGUGACCAAAAUGAAGAGCUAAAUUACCAGAAUGAAAAGAAUAAAGGGCUAAAUAACAAGAAUCUCCUUACCCAGAACCAGAGAGUGGUGAAGACUGAGAGACGGAGCUGAUUUCUAUGUUUCGCUACACCUUAAUUAAAGGAGCUUACCCUGUGUUGUAUUGCAUUAAACCUUCUAACUGAUGAAGAUUAUCUCUGUGCUGGACUUACACCUAGACUGACUAAGCUGAUUUCUGUGCUGGACUUCACCUUGACUAACCAAGCUGAUCUAUCUAUUGAAUUGCACCUUGGGUGAUGAAGCAGACCUCUUUGUUGGGCAGCAAAUUGAUUAGCAGAGCUGACUUAUAUGUUGGACACCACCUUGACUGAAGAAGCUGACAUCUGUGUUGGACACUACCUUGACUGAAGAAGCUGAUAUUUGUGUUGGACCGUACCUUGACUGAAGAAGAUGACCUCUGUGUUGGACAGUACCUUGACUGAAGAAGCUGACCUCUGGUUGGACUUUACCUUGACUGACGAAACUGACAUCUAUGUUGGACCGUACCUUGACUGAAGAAGCUGACCUCUGGUAGGAUUGUACCUUGACUGAUGAAACUGACCUCUGUGUUGGACACCACUUUGACUGAAGAAGCUGACAUCUGUGUUGGACUGUACCUUGACU